AUGUACAAAUCGGAUCUUGCCACUGGCAAGCCGGUUUUUACGCUCGGCGCAACGCAAACCGGACGCGAUGAAGUAGCCGGAGUGGACCUGGUGCAGUGGGGAAUUUGUGGGCCACUCGGCACGAAAACGCUGUAUCCAAAGAGACAGGGCCUCUCGUCCAAGAAGUUGCAAAAUCACUAGAACAAGCAUGAUUCAGACGAGCACAAAAAAGGUCAGCGCCGGCGCCGAGAGUUGAACGGCCCCGCCGAGGACAACACUUCCUUUUUCGGCGCAGGCGACCGAAAGAAAGCCAUGCAGGCUCCUAAAAGCUGUAUAUAUCAAUCUAUGUAUCAGUAGACUAUUAGCGUUUUUGGAUAAGUUGGUUUGUCUCGUCCUUGAUAAUCUAGAAGGCCGCUGCAAUGCGCGGGCCGGGUCCGUGUCGCCCGCUCAUCUUGUCACAAUGACGUGGACGUGGUCAAUAAAGGGCGAGGACAGCGUGAUAGCGGACAGCUGCGCGUGUGUCGUGGACGUUUCGUUUCCCACUGCUCUAGAAAUUUCCACGUUUCCCGUUUUUGAUCACCCUAAACCGACGGUCAUCGGUCCGGGACAUCAACGAAAAGAGGAGGGUCCACCGGCGGCUGCGGAUCAAGAGAUUGGCGUGCCGAAGGGACUCUUGUCCGCGUUUCUGAAGAAACAAGGUGGAUGACUUUUCGUAGGUUUGUUGGUGCUUGUGAUUUGAUGACGGUUACGAGAAGACCUUGUGCUUGCGCAUCACUCGCAAAUUUGAACGCAAAUGCAUAUCACCAGGUGCCUGUUGUCGCAGAUUUUUCGAAGACUCGUACCAGAACCGUUUUCAUCGCGCAAAGCCGGCAGCAACCACAGGCGCUUCCUGCUGCCUCUGUUGUGCAUUCUUUAGGAGCACGCAUGCGAAAACUGCAGUGCAUGGCGAUCUUCACCGUGCCUGCUUCGGAAAUUCCGGAAAGAUGCCCCAGGGUAUGAACUGCUACAAUUUUUUGGAUGUGGAAGAGGUGGAGGCUGCUGAGAACUUUCUGGACGCCGAGUACAGGAGAAUGCAGCUGCAGAGCGGCGCUGAAGGAGGUGAACAGAACAAGCAAUACGCCAAUAAACUGUCAGUCUACCAGGAGUUUUUGGCGAGAUUGGAGUACGAGCAGCACUGGGGUCGAGAACUGCAGAACGGUGUCUAUGUAGCCGACUCGAACUCAAAUCACUGUUCGACAACAAGUAGCAAUUGGUUUCCAGUGCCUUUCAAGCUCGAACCAGCCUUCUUACCAUAUCCAGACUGAAAGUGAUCGCUCGCUUGUGCCAGCGUAGACAAGUGUUCCACAAGAGAACUAUGUCAGCGCGCAUCAUGUGGAAAAAUAGAAGAUGCAUUUGGAAGGAUCGCUGCUAUCUCAUUCCUGUUUGAGCUGCUGUUGUAAUGCCCAGUGAGAAGACAGAGUAUGGUAUCUAUUGGUACUUGACAAGUUGCGACGCGAUGGCAAGCGCGGUAGGAUAUUUUCCAACUUCCAUACGAUCGGUUGCGGAUCUGGAGUGGCCUUCCCGCCAACGCUUGGCGCUCUACGGAGAGCGUUCGAGAAGGAUUUGGGAAAACGGUACGCGCGGAGCAGGGAGUGCUCAUCCGGUAAAUAAGGCGCUGUUCAAGCCAGAGAAUCGCAAAGCAUGUCUUUGCCGUAUUUCUUUGUGUUGAUAUGUAUGAGAACAACACAUACAUGAAUAGAUUGGACAAUGUCCACGAAUUUUUCUAAUCACCAGAUUAUUCUCCGACCUCCAGCAGUGCGGACAAUGACAGUCACAGUGGCAAUGACUCGUCUCCAUCCUCGAAGAGCGAUGUCGCGUGGUCGCCCAGCAUACCGCUGCCGCGACCCCUACCUCAUGCUAUCCCGAACCUUCGCACUCGCGGCACACACAUCCGUCCGGAUAUGCGGGUACUUAUUUUGGGCGCUUUGGUGUACGUAGAUGUGUUGAAGAACUUGAAGGAGUUUGAGUCAGGAGUACUUCACCAGGUUUGAUCAGCUACUUCGUUCUUUGAUUGUCCCCACACUUCUUGCCUUUUUGGAUUUUGCGUUUGCCAAGUUCGUAGAAAAAAAAUAAAACCGGGAACUAAGUAUACAUAAUUACCCUACAUAAUCAGGGAAUCACUUACGUUCCCGGCUGGAAGUACAUGAAGCUGUUCUUGCUCGAGAAGGCGAGCUCGAAGGAUAAGCUUGACGAUGAACACGCACGAAGGGGGUUGAUAAGCUACGAAGACCAAGACAAUGUCUACGUGAUGAAGAAGAGAGUGCUCGGCGCGCGUAAAGUCCCAGUACCACCCACGGAUCCAGCGGAGUACGACUGCUGGCGCGUGCAGUUUAAGCACAAGGAAGUGGGAAAGAAAACAACGCGGAGGAUGAAGAGGUACCGCAUUGGUCUACUUUUCGAGAUCUUCGCGCGUCUCGUAUUCUGCCACUCUUGUCGUGUUUGCAUAAGUGAGUAGACGGGUGCGGAUAUAAAUUUUGUGCCCAGUGGUCGACAGCUGCUGCUGCUGAUCAUCUCUUCGCCGAUCUUUGGUUGAUGAAGCAGAAGCGCGAAAGACCAGUAUGCUUCUUUGCGAAAUGGCACUAGGUACUUUUUCGUCGCACCAAAGUUGCGGAAGCUUCGUGCUGCAGCCUCGAAAAAAGGACUCCCAGCACCGACCCGCCGAGAUGCAAAGAGAGCAGCACUGCAGGACGCGCAGUGUAUUGUAUUCCUUUCGGCAAGAAGAAGAACAAGAGCUUUCAAAUGAGUUCGUAGUUGACGUUGAGAUGAAGAGGUACACUGAUCGCGACAGUGUCGCGCAUCUCUUUGACUUGAGGCCUCCGCGGCAGGGUUUUUCUGUCAUGUGAGCCUGAGUGAUAGGUCAAGGGAUACAAACGAUCUCUAUAUACCUCUCAGUUCGGCUCGGCUACAGUGAUCGACUCACACUCCAUUUUCGAUUUGCAAUACGUCCACCAUCUUCCUUCAUCAGCUCUAAAGCAAUACACUACAGUGUUUCGACGGCUUGCUUUGAAUGUUCAUGGAGCAGUGCAGCCAGGAAUGACAAGAAGGCGUGGAAAGGCGUCCAAUACCGGAGUGCUAGGGGUUACCCAGUUGUCGAUGAAGCAGAAACGCAAGUGGGACCGAGGAAAACUGGUAGGCCAGCUUGCGCGGUCCAGUAAAGCGAUCCUGAGACAGUACAACGUGAACAUGAACACGAAACGGCCAAUAAAAGUCUGGGUUAAGAGGCGAAACUGUCGGACGCGGGCCCGCAGAGCAGGAAUAAUUCAGGUGUCUAUAUUAUAAUGUACAGACUUCCGCAUCCGCAAAAAAGCUGCUGCUAGAAGAUACAGAUAUAAAAGUAGCAGUUAUUCACGUGCUACUACGCACAUGCCUCUUGAAGGAAUUUAUUACUUUUCAGUGAAUGCCAAUGCGACGAGGGACAAUACGAGUAUAAUCGCACAGGAACAGUCUAAGCCUGAGAGUCGAGCAUAUUCAGAUGAUCAUAUCGAUGUCAACACGGAGAUCAACGUAAAAACAAAAAACUAUUUAGUUGGAGAUGGUCAUGAGUAUGACCGUAACGAGAAGUGCAGUGACGAUCACUAUUAAAUGAGUACAAGAAUUACAGUGCCGCGUCUCCGUGUAUUACACAGAAAAGGAACUAUACAUGCUCUGUGCUCUAUUCAAACUUCCCUUUGGGAUUUUACUUUCUAUAUUUAUACAUCAGAUGUUGUCGCAGUGGAGAAUGGCAAAAAUCGUGCGCGUCGACCACCCGUGUCGCCAGAUGCGAAUCGAGCGCCACAUCAAGAAGACCACGACCGAUCCGCUCCACAAGAAAAUCGCGGCCCAGGGAAAGACCUUGUUCGACUUUCGAAAAGUGGCUAAGAAGCUGCUGAAGCCCAGACGCGCAGCUAGCAUGAGUAAGAAAUCUGAGCUCUUUGUGCCGAGUACCUUCAGCCGCUGUAAGGCGGAUUUUUCCGCUGGAUCCACGUCACAUCCCCGUCCAGCACAUCAGCCCGCGUCGGACUCGCGAGAGUUCCGCUUUGUCGGACCAUCCCCGAAGCUUCCAAGGAUACAAAAAACGAUAACGGGCAAAACAAAUCGAAGACUGUAGGCUCGCUCGGACAUCCACUGUAUUAAAAAAGAGACUAAAACUGUUCGGCAUAUAGAACCUUUUUGUGCGUGUUUAUUUUUUGCACAAGUUCAAGUUUUGAUAUUGAAGUUGAACCUGGUCCUAAAUCUAAAUAUACAUCGGAAGCUUUGCGAUUUCAGGGAUAGCGUUAAGAACGCGCCGGGACAAUUGAGGAGAUGAGACUGCGUUUGUGUAUUGCGUCAACGUCAACAGGAUUCUCUCCAAGAAAAAACCGACCGGAAAAAUGAUUUUGGAACGGGCAGCUCCAAUAAUUAGGGAAAGCAGCUACCAACAAUUUUAUUAUUCGGAUCAUUCUCAUUCAUCAUGCUUGUUUGUCUUUCCGCAUUGACACAGAUAUAGUAUUAAUUUGUUAGCGCUGGCCUUCGAGUUGUUCGACCUAGGAUGAUCACAUGUGAAAUGUUACAAACUUACCCCUCGCGAUGCUGUGUUUGCCCGUGAAGCUCGUGUCUCUACGCGUGCUGCCUCUUUUUCGAG